AAAUAAAUUAAUUAAAAUAAUAAUAAUAAUAAUAAAUAAGGAACCACCGGAGAGAAAAGUAUAAGAGCCUGAAGAGGGGAAGAACCAAUAAGUCCGAAAGAAAGCUCCAUCCACCACCACCCCCACCCCUUCUCUCUCGGCAACGAUCGGACUCUCCGCCUCCUGUUGAUCCGAUGUGACUCCUCCCGUCGUCCCCUCCCCUAAAUUGUUAUUAUUGUGUAUGGCGACAACCCUGAUAGCGAUUCCGCCUGUUUCAAUCCCUUUUAAUCCCUGAUAGUUCUAAUCCUAACCCUAAUUCCCAAACCCUAACGCUAGAUUCAGUCCUUCUCCUUCAUGGCCGACGCGUCCCCAAAGUUCAGGCCCCCGGACCUCCUCCCUCCUGCGGCCGCCGGUGAGCUCAGCGUCUCCCAUGACGGCCUGGACUUCUGGCAGUUCAUGGUCGCCGGCUCCAUCGCCGGCGUCGUCGAGCACACCGCCAUGUUCCCCGUCGACACUCUUAAGACACGGAUGCAGGCUGGCUCCCCACCCUGCCAACCUCCCGUUGGCCUCCGCCAGGCCCUCCGCUCCAUCCUCCGCGUUGAGGGCCCCCUCGGCCUCUAUCGCGGCCUUGGCGCCAUGGGCCUCGGCGCCGGCCCUGCCCACGCCGUCUACUUCUCCGUCUACGAGAUCUCAAAGGAGCUCCUUUCCCAGGGGAACCCCAACAACCCGGUUGCUCAUGCCUCGUCGGGAGUUCUUGCUACUGUGGCCAGUGAUGCGGUGUUCACGCCAAUGGACACGGUGAAGCAGAGGCUGCAGCUCAAGAGCAGUCCGUACAAGGGGGUCGCCGACUGCGUCGGGAGGGUAUUGAGGGAGGAGGGGAUCAGGGCGUUCUUCGCAUCGUACCGGACCACGGUGGUGAUGAACGCCCCCUAUACGGCGGUCCACUUCGCGACCUAUGAGGCGGCAAAGAGGGGGCUGAUGGAGUUUUCCCCUGAUAGCGCGAAUGAUGAGAGGCUUGUCGUGCAUGCCACGGCUGGGGCCGCUGCAGGAGCCUUGGCCGCAGCAGUUACCACUCCGCUCGAUGUGGUCAAGACCCAGUUGCAGUGCCAGGGCUGUAACAGGCUGAACUCUGACCAGGCUGCCCAUCAAAACCAAAGCAUCCGUUGAAGAUCCACGAUCCAGGCCAAACUCAUGAUCAUGAUCAUCUCCUGAAUAGGCCCAAGUUUCCUGGUUAUAACGUUGAUCGAAAGAAAUAGUCUAUGGGCUGUAAGACCCUGUUCAUAGUUCAGAACAGUGUUAUUACCGAUUUCUUGGUAUGAGGCAAGUAACUAAAGUCUGGAUCUGGUUUUUUGUUUCUUUACUUUAAUCCAGUAUGAGAUAGAACUUGAUCAAAAUGAUCAUUUGACUUGCUAUCUACUUCCACUCCAAGAGAAAAACAUGCUUAUCAAGAUAUCGGCAGUUUUCUAGAUAUUGUCUAUGGUGUUAGAUUGCCUUUGGGUUGUAGGGAAGUAAGUCAUGUUGUUGGCGUGUGGGUGUGGGAGUGAAACAAGAACAUUUUUCUUUCUUGUGCUUCCAUUGAGCAGUGGUGGGUAAGAGCCAAGAGAUGGCAACAACCAACACGGGUGGCUCAACACAUAUGGAGGCCUAAAGCUAAAUAUUAAAAUGUGAUUUUUUUUUCUAUUAAAAUU